AGCCUGUGCCAGGAUGGGCGGAGCCUGCGCAGCUACGGGAUCCGCCGCCACGGGGACGGGGCGUUCCUCUUCCUGCUCUCGGCCCGGGCGGCGGGGCUGGGCCCCGAGCAGUACCGGCGGCUGCAGGCGCACUCCCUGCUGCGGGCCGCGGGGCUGGGCUCACCUGGCGCAGGCGAUGUCCCCGAGCCCCCGGAGCGGAUGGACGUGGGGGACAUCGGGGACACUGGGGACAUUGGGGACAUCGGGGAUCACCUGGACUCGCUGCAGCUCUGGGAUAGCGCCGGGGCCCCGCCCACAGCCCCUGAGCCCCGCCCAGCCUCACCUGAGCAGUCACCGCAGCCGGGCUGGCCGUGCCCCCGGUGCACGUUCCUGAACAAGCCCACCCGCCCCGGCUGUGAGAUGUGCAGCUCCCCCCGGCCCGAGGGGUACCGGGUCCCCGGGGGGCACCGCCCCGACCCCGCCGAGGGCUGGCCCUGCCCCCUGUGCACGUUCCUGAACAAGCCCACCCGCCCCGGCUGUGAGAUGUGCAGCUCCCCCCGGCCCGAGGGGUACCGGGUCCCCGGGGGGCACCGCCCCGACCCCGCCGAGCUGCAGCGGCUGCAGAGGGAGCAGGACGGGGCCCGCCAGUGCCAGCAGGGUCCCGGUGACACCAGCGGUGGCUGUCGCUGCAACGUCAACGGGCAGAGGUGCCACCCCCAGUGCCAGAACUGCCACUGA